AAGAGAUGGCGAGCGGCGGGAGCGAAGUCGACGUCGAGAAUCAAAAUUUAGCUGCAGUUUGUUCCAUUUGCUUGAGAAAUUUCAGUACACCACGGUAUUUACCAUGUUCCCACACCUUUUGCCACGACUGUUUAUCGGAGCACAUAAAGUUGUCAUGCGAUGAAAACGAUUCACCAUUAGGAUUUCUUUGUCCAUUAUGUCGUGUGUUUAUCCCAGAACCGAGCGGGUUUGGCGAAUGCCCGCCAAAUGCAUGGGUUGAACUUUUUCCAGAAAACAAGUUUAUGUCAAACGUUGUAUUAAAGUACGGUGAUUUAACCGGUGUCUUAUGUGGCCCCUGUAACGUAGACAACGUGGAAACGGAGGGAAGUUACUGGUGUCGAGAUUGUACCGAGGCUUUGUGCAAGGACUGUUUCAAAUUCCACAAGAGAUUCCAGGCAUUGCGAGGCCAUGAAAUCACCACUCUUCGGGAUGCAUCGGCAACUUUACCUCCAUCUCAUAUUGAUAUGGAUAUGUGCAGAAAACAUGGUAACAGAAAAAUGGAGGUAUUUUGCGAGAACCACCAAACUCUUUGUUGCAUUCUCUGUUUAAGUUUUCAACAUCGAGCUUGUAAAACUGUCAAUCUGAUUGAAAAGAUCUCUAAGAAGUGUAAAAAGGAAAAUUCACACCCCCUAGAAGCUGAAAUUGCAAAACUAUGCAAGAGACUAGAUGAAACUAUUAUGGCUGAAAAAUCCAACAUUGCGAACAUCGAGGAACUGACAGAGAGGUAUGAAGGAGACAUAAGGAAAGCUAAAGCGGACAUGGUCACUUUGUUAGAUAAGCUUGAAGAAAAACAUUUAAAUGAACUGACUAAGCUGUCUAAACAGGCUAAAGAAAAACUGGAGAAGUCUAUCAAGUCUUUCGAAAAUCGUGUAUCAUACCUGAAGCAUUGGAAGAAUCUUUUGCAACAAAGAAAAGAGGGACAACAUACCCAAACAGAAUUUGCUUUAGUCUUUUUGAAACUGAAAGAAAUUCUUGUGGACAUGAGAAGAAUGAAAAUAACCAAAACGAGCUUUUUGCUGCAAGGAGACAUGUGCAAAUUAUUUAAAAAGAUGACAACUUUAAAUGCCUAUUUUGAUGUCAAUCUGACAGAGGAUACAACUGAAAUAAUGGCCGAUAUCAAUCUUAAAAAGGCCAAGUUAAAACUAUUUAAAAAGAUUACUAUUCCACGCAGUGAUACUGCCACUGGAAUUUUUCUGACGGAGGAACUGAUGCUUUUUGCAGACAGGAAACAGCAAAGGUGUAUUGUAUGUGAUGAAGAUGGGUCAAUUAUACAAGAGGUCAAACUUCCGGGCACUCCGUGGCAAAUGUGCAUGGAUUCCACAGGGAAAAUCCUUGUGACAAUUCCACGAAAAAAGACAAUUCAAGUCCUGCACUUCGAGAAUUUGACUUUAACUCAGGGAGAGGAGAUAAAGCUUAGAAACCGGUGUAGAGGAAUAGCUGCAUACGACGACACCAUCAGUGUUGCCACAAGACAGUCUUUGGUGUAUUACAACACAAGCUUUGAUUUUCUGACAGACAACCCACUGGAUUUAUCAUAUAACACAGAUGAAGUUGCUGUUGACAAGAAUGGUAAUGUAAUAUUUUGCAGUAAUCCAGUGAACCAUGGGCAUUCAACAGUCACAAAGCUAGAUCAGGAUGAAGAAUUGGUGUUCACUCAUUCAUCGCAAAACUCGAGCUAUUUUAACAGUGUGUCUGUCGAUCAAGGGGGAAAUGUCUAUGUGGUGGACAGUGGCAAUGAAAGCAUUGUUUUCCUCUCUGAGAAAGGAACAGUGAUUAGAACUCUGGAAGAAUUGAAGGACCCGGUGUGGGUGACCUGCCUCAGAGAUGGAUUUAAAUUCUGUGUUGGUGAGGCAGGCGGAAAUGUGAAAUUUUAUGAAUUUAUCGGAAGUGUUUAAAUCCUGAAUAUCUUCUAUUGAAGAUAUAUGCAGUUUCAGUUCUCGAGUUAAUCGAGCAUUCUGUGAGUGUUCAUAAAAAUUGACAUUUUGAUUGCAUUGUUAUGUCCCUAUAUUUGUUCAAAUUAAAAUUUGAUAAAAAUUUAAA